CUAGCAACAGGGGGCGCCCAGCCAGGCCCCGCCCCAGCACCCUUGGUCUGCUCACGGAACCCCGGACGGCGGGCCAGGCCCCGCCCCAGGGCCCUCGAUUUGCAUACGCCACCCGCAGCCAGUCCCGGACGGGCCUCCGCGCUUGCUCUUUUGUGUAUCACCAGGAGGAGGAGAGCUCCGGGCGGCCGAGCCGGCGCGGUCGCGCGGUGGGCCGGAGCCCGACGCGGUGUGCGUCUCAGCCCGCCGCCGUCGCCCAGCACUUGCGCCCACUUGCGUCAGCGCGCCCGGAAAUGCCUAGGCGGUGAACAUGGCGGCUUCCGCGGCCGGCCUGGGCGGCGGUUCGGGCCCCGGGCCUGAGGCCGGGGACUUCCUGGCGCGCUACCGCCAGGUGUGCAACAAGCUGAAGAAGCGGUUCCUGCGGAAGCCGAACGUGGCGGAGGCCGGCGAGCAGUUCAGCCAGCUGGGGCGCGAGCUGCGCGCCCAGGAGUGCCUGCCGUACGCGGCCUGGUGCCAGCUGGCCGUGGCCCGCUGCCAGCAGGCGCUCUUCCACGGGCCCGGGGAGGCGCUGGCGCUGACCGAGGCCGCGCGCCUCUUCCUGCGGCAGGAGCGCGACGCGCGCCAGCGCUUGGCCUGCCCCGCCGCCUACGGGGAGCCGCUGCAGGCCGCCGCCGCCGCCCUGGGCGCCGCCGUGCGCCUGCACCUGGAGCUAGGCCAGCCGGCUGCCGCCGCCGCGCUCUGCCUCGAGCUGGCGGCCGCCCUGCGCGACCUGGGCCAGCCGGCCGCCGCCGCCGGCCACUUCCAACGCGCCGCGCAGCUGCAGCUGCCCCAGCUGCCCCUGGCCGCCCUGCAGGCGCUCGGCGACGCCGCGUCCUGCCAGCUGCUGGCGCGCGACUACAGCGGCGCCCUGGCGCUCUUCACGCGCAUGCAGCGCCUGGCGCUGGAGCACGGCGCCCACCCGCUGCCGCCGCCGGGGCCGCAGCCCCCGCCGCAGCCCCCGCCGCAGCCGCAGCCCAAGCCGCCGGGGCCGCAGCCCGGGGCCGGCGCGGCCUCCGCCCCACCGCUCGCGCUGCUCCCGCCCGGCGCGGGCUCCGCGGCCGCGCCCUCCCCCGCCGCGCUGGGCGCCUUCGCCGACGUGCUGGUCCGCUGCGAGGUGUCCCGCGUGCUGCUGCUGCUGCUCCUGCAGCCGCCGCCCGCCAAGCUCCUGCCGGAGCACGCGCACACCCUGGAGAAGUACUCCUGGGAGGCCUUCGACGGCCACGGGCAGGACGGCAGCGGCCCGCUUCCCGAGGAGCUCUUCCUGCUGCUGCAGUCCUUGGUCAUGGCCACCCACGAGAAGGACACGGAAGCCGUCAAGUCGCUGCAGGUGGAGAUGUGGCCCCUGUUGAGCGCCGAGCAGAACCACCUCCUGCACCUCGUUCUGCAGGAAACCAUCUCCCCGUCGGGCCAGGGGAUCUGACGAGUCACUCCCAGCGACUCUGUGCCUGUCCCCGAACCUCACGCACCCGCCUGCGCGUUUACGGGGACACAAGAGGCGUUGACCCGG